GCGGUGGAAAAAGCACCCGGUGCUCACCGACAUCGUCACAGAACGACUGGCCGUGCAGCCGUUCGGAAGACAUGCGCUCUGGUAGUGUCCAGGCGCUGAGCAAGGGUCGGGGCAGCAUGGGUCUGUGGAAGGCAACCGUCUUCCUACUGGUCAUUGUUGUGACCACAUCAACUGGCCAAACUUGUGACCGGGAUAUUCCUUUUGACUACAAUGGCGUAUAUGUGACAUACAGCUCCGCCACUUCAAUACCAAUCAAUGGUUCAGAGUGGUGCCCUGAUACUUCCAAAGACAAUGCGCCGUACAUAGAGUUCCGGUUUGAGCCAGAGGGACAAACAGCUGUGAGUAAAAUCAUCACGACAACCAAAGACAAGUACAACACCGUGGGGUAUGCUGCCACCUACAACAUCUUCCUGAGUUAUCCCCCGAACGUCAAGUUGAACGGAACUCUCCUAGGACGCAAGAACGUAAGCGCUGUUCGUGUUGGGGAAAGCGGGAACAUCACAACAUACUUCAUAGUGUUCAAUGCAUCAGUCCCCUUCAAAACGGUGAGAAUUGAACCCAUAUCAUCUGUAGACGCCACAGGCGGCAAGUGUAUGAGCAUCUAUUUCCAAGGCUGUAACACAUCAGAGCUGUGUACCACAGCAUGCCAGAAUGGUGGGACUUGCGUGGGACAAAACCUCUGUGAAUGUCGCGAGGGUUUCUUUGGAACAAGCUGCUCACUGACAACCGACGAUGUUCGCCAGUCACCAUUAGGUUCGAGGCUCCAUCUUGUUAGCCAUGACGACAGAAACUUUGUCUUCAACAAGGCUACGUUCAUCAGCUCCGUCAGCACAGGUGUGUCAGUCAAUCUCAGUCGUAUCGACCUCAACGGGUUCGGCGCCUACCUGUGGGCCAAGAAAGCUGACCUCGACAAACCGUUCGACUGCCUGACGAACAUCGAUCUCUACUCGGCCUUCACCAUGCUCUUCAGGUUCAGGGUGAACAGUUUCAACAUGGAUCGCCCUUCCGUAAUCCUGGCCACCAAUGCCUUCAGUAAAACUAAGGGAGUCAACAUCUUCAUUCAGAAUGACAACGGAGUCAACAGUCUUAACGUUACGUUCAGACGCUUGAACAGACAAUGGACUGCCAUCGCCAGCACAGAGGCUCUGCAAACGACCGGACAAUGGGUGGAUGUAAACAUUAGGUGGGAAAACUCAUUUGGCCUCGAACUCGUUCUAAACGGAAAAGACAUCGGGCGGGCGUUAGUGAGCACUUCCAGCAACAACGAGGAGGCAGCUUACCUAUGUUUGGGUUACCCUAGCUACGGGUAUGAGAGUUAUGACAACAACAUCAACAUCCGGGAUCUGACGAUCAUCCCAACCGUCAGCAGUCAGAUUCGUCCAAGUAUCGAAGCUGGUGCAUCGACCCUCAGAAUUGAAGUGGCCAACGGCACCGUUUCCAGCCAACAGCUCGGUCCUUCGCUGAGAGUGUUUUCUUCAUCCGGCUUCUCGAGCACAGGCACGGAGAUCCGUCUUAAAGGUUCCAAUGUCUAUCUGACCACCAACAAACCCACGCCGUUCUUCGACCUUCUCCUCGACCCUUCCAGGUACCAGACCUUCACGGGGUCCUAUAUCUUCUCCGUCGACAACGUCAACGUCGUCAACUACAUCAUCGACACCGGCAAUUACACUGGCGUUACUAUGUAUCUGAGUGCCAACCUGGAACUGGUGGUGGAACUGAAAUGGGUUCUCAUGCAGCAUCGCGUGACGUAUCGCUUCUCCCAGAUAGACAUUCCACGACUGACUGGCUCAGGUGUCCCGGUGGAGUGGUCUUACGAUGGCAGUGUUUGCAGACUGUAUAUUGACAAUAGCCUUAAGGCAGUCUCCAACAGCCCUGUAACGACCUACACCCUAAACCCUGCAACCACCCUGUAUCUUGGUUUCCCCUCCAGCACCUACAAUGAAAGCGCACUGCUCGUGGGGCUGACAAUCCGAGACUGGAAAAUGUGGUUAUAUUCUUCGUUUUUCGUUCACCUGCCAGACAUUUUUGACGAGGAAGUCCAGGCCGUUGGGGGAUCUGAUGUCGGGAACAAUUCUGACGAUCAAAGUUUAAAAGGCCAAGCAUGUGAUCGCGAGAUUCCUUUCAGCUACACUGGAGGAUUUGUCACAUACAGUUCCUACUCGUCUGUCUCGAGUUACAAUGGUUCAGAGUGGUGCCCGGACACUUCCAAAGACAAUGCGCCGUACAUAGAGUUCCGGUUUGAGCCAGAGGGACAAACAGCUGUGAGUAAAAUCAUCACGACAACCAAAGACAAGUACAACACCGUGGGGUAUGCUGCCACCUACAACAUCUUCCUGAGUUAUCCCCCGAACGUCAAGUUGAACGGAACUCUCCUAGGACGCAAGAACGUAAGCGCUGUUCGUGUUGGGGAAAGCGGGAACAUCACAACAUACUACCUAGUGUUCAAUGCAUCAGUCCCGUUCGAAACGGUGAGAAUUGAACCCAUAUCAUCUGUAGACGCCACAGGCGGCAAGUGUAUGAGCAUCUAUUUCCAAGGCUGUAACACAUCAGAGCUGUGUACCACAGCAUGCCAGAAUGGUGGGACUUGCGUGGGACAAAACCUCUGUGAAUGUCGCGAGGGUUUCUUUGGAACAAACUGCUCACUGACAACUGAUGAUGUUCGCCAGUCACCAAUAGGUUCGAGGCUCCGUCUUGUUAACGUCAGCAGCACAAACUUUGUCUUCAAUAAGGCCAAAUUCACCAGCUCCGUCAGGACAGGUGUGUCAGUCAAUCUCAGUCGUAUUGACCUAAACGGGUUCGGCGCCUACCUGUGGGCCAAGAAAGCUGACCUUGACAAACCGUUCGACUGCCUGACGAACAUCGAUCUCUACUCGGCCUUCACCAUGCUCUUCAGGUUCCGGGUGAACAGUUUCAACAGGGAUCGCCCUUCCGUAAUCCUGGCCACCAAUGCCUUCAGUAAAACUAAGGGAGUCAACAUCUUCAUUCAGAAUGACAACGGAGUCAACAGUCUUAACGUUACGUUCAGACGCUUGAACAGACAAUGGACUGCCAUCGCCAGCACAGAGGCUCUGCAAACGACCGGACAAUGGGUGGAUGCAAACAUUAGGUGGGAAAACUCAUUUGGCCUCGAACUCGUUCUAAACGGAAAAGACAUCGGGCGGGCGUUAGUGAGCACUUCCAGCAACAACGAGGAGGCAGCUUACCUAUGUUUGGGUUACCCUAGCUUCGGGUAUGAGAGUUAUGACAACAACAUCAAUAUCCGGGAUCUGACGAUCAUCCCAACCGUCAGCAGUCAAAUUCGUCCAAGUAUCGAAGCUGGUGCAUCGACCCUCAGAAUUGAAGUGGCCAACGGCACCGUUUCCAGCCAACAGCUCGGUCCUUCGCUGAGAGUGUUUUCUUCAUCCGGCUUCUCGAGCACAGGCACGGAGAUCCGCCUUAAAGGUUUUAAUGUCUAUCUGACCACCAACAACCCCGCACAUUUCUUCGACCUUCUCCUCGACCCUUCCAAGUAUCAGACCUUCACUGCGUCCUGUAUCUUCUCCGUCGACAACGUCAACGUCGUCAACUACAUCAUCGACACCGGCAAUUACACUGGCGUUACUAUGUAUCUGAGUGCCAACCUGGAACUGGUGGUGGAACUGAAAUGGGUCCUCAUGCAGUAUCGUGUGACGUAUCGCUUCUCCCAGAUAGACAUUCCACGACUGACUGGCUCAGGAGUCAAGAUUGGGUGGUCUUUCGUUGACAGAGGUUUCCGACUGUAUAUUGACGACAGCCUCAAAGCAGUCUCCAACAGCCCUGUAACGACCUACACCCUAAGCCUUGCAACCACCCUGUAUCUUGGUUUCCCCUCCAGCACCUACAAUGAAAGUGCACUGCUCGUGGGGCUGACAAUCCGAGACUGGAAAAUGUGGUUAUAUUCUCCGUUUUUUGUUCACCUGCCAGACAUACUUGAUGAAGAAGUCCAGGCUCCUGAAGACGGACCAGACGAGGAAGUCGUGACUGAUGAUCUCGGAAGUAGUGUGGAUGCUCGAAGCUGUUCUGGAGUGAUUACCAGGCGACAGGACCAGGUCUUCCAUCUUCUCUUCUCAGCUUUGCAAGCCGACACGCCUGAGAGAACUCCGGUUUGUAGAAAUCUCUCCAUCUACCUGGCCCGAACUCAAGAAAUUCUGACUUCUUGUUGGCGAGCAGCAGAGGCUGGCAACGACUCCAUCUCAGAAGCCUCUUUCUUGCAUUACUCGCAGAGAAGUCUGGCUGAGGCUUUCUCCACAAUCCUCACUGUGAUUUGUGAUGGAAGUCUUCCCCGAGAAUCGUCAGAAAAAUGCGAUCUGACGGGCAUCAAAGCAGUCUUGACAAGCUUCUUCUCAGCAUCUCUGCGGAUUGGACAAGGAGAACAAGAGUGCAGUCUCCUGUGGACCGAGCGAGAACGUCUUGCAGCGCUCACCAGCUCUUGUGGUGCUACGACUAAAGCUGUGCUGGGUGAGCUGAGCUCACAGACAGUGUCCAUGGUGGAGAUCGCAUGUAGUCACCCGACCUGUAGCAUCGACUACGCUCAGCUGUGCGUCAGUGCUGCUGAAGAGGCUUUGACCUCCGUCACUGGACCCAGAGCUUCCGGUGACGUCUGCAUGGACGUAAAGUUUUCUCUCGCGUGCAUCACCAACCACACCGUGGACUGCAGCGGCGUGCAGUACCUCAGGUUGUCGGAGCAGACGCGUAGUCUGUACGCCCGUUACCGCGACGUUUGUGGUGUGAACGACUCAUCUGAACAAGACCACCAGCGCCUCAGUGUGCAGCACGGCCAGUGGCUCAUCCAGGCCGCAGCAGUCAACAGACUCCUCCCUAACUCAUUAUUUUGCAGUUUGAGGUAUAGACAAGAAUGGACUGGACAAGGUGCACAACUGUCUUUGUCUCCUCUUGCAUACCCAUACUUCGAGAACAUCUGCAACGAUAUAUCAGCCACUAGCCGCUGCAAUCUGACUGCAUGUGCUGCCACACCUUGCGGAAGUCUCUCGCGAAACUGUCUGGCACAAAACAGCAGCAGCUGCGCCGGCUUGAAUGGCUUCGAAAGCCUUUUGUCUCUGCAAAAGGACCAGGACAGGAAGUGUGGAAAUGCAUCCAGCGCCUCGUUGCUCGUUUCCACGGGGCGACCAGCCCUUGACGCCGUCCUGCUGAGCUUCCGUCGCGCGGACUACCAGGGCAUCAAAGAUCUCUGCCAGUGGCUUCCCCGACUGCGAAACUCCUUGGCCACCAUACAAGGCGACGAUGUCAUUCUUGAACAGGCCAUUAGCUUCAGCUCUGCCUUGGCGCAAAGCAUAGAAAAUACAGUCUGCUCCAUCACAGCUCCACCAGAUAAUGAAACCAACUGCCCAGCAGCCCUAAAUUCCAUUGUAAUGGCAAUCGAAGCAUUCGAUCUUGUUGUGAAAAGUCCAUUUCUUGCACAGUCACGAAGAGAAGAGCUAUGCAGGUUGUCUCUCGUUUCUCGGAGCUCGUCAGGCUGUGGCACCUCAGCAGACGACUACGCCUGGUCGGUUCUGAGUGCCGCAGAAGACAUAAUAGACCAGGUGUGCCAGCGAGUGCCUCCACUUCCCACGUGCGACGUAAACAAAGCUAGAGACUCCCUACAAGAGCUUGUCAGCGCCUUUCUCCUUCCAACCGACUCAGCCUGCGCUGCGAUAGACAGAGUGGAGGUCGCCGUGAGGAGGGCAACAAUUGACUGCCCACUUCUGUUGGCCUGGCCCAUCACAAGCGUCAUGGGAAAAUUGCGAGAACUGGCCGAGAGCACCUGCUACAGGGGUCAGUGUGACCCUGCUGGCGCUGUCAUCUGCCUCAUCGAUGUCCAUCACAUGGCCAAGCUGCCCGUGCCUGACUGGGAAGGAGUGUGCUCAAUACUGAACCAGAGCGCCGUCUGUGCUAAACAGCGAGUGAGCGGGUGUGACAAGUGUCAGCGUGACACAGUGGACACCCUUGUGGCCAAAGUCAACCGGCAACUGGAGGACACGUGUCGUGCUCCCCCGGUGUCUCCGUGCAAAGCUGUGCAGGCUUAUAAAUGCAAAGACGUGCUAGCUAGCUUCAGGGUCUCCGGCACUGCUUCUAGCUCCAAUGACGGCCUUCUGUGCAUGCGAAUAUUCGAAGCGCGAAAGUGUGUGCAAAAGCUGACUGUGGAGUGCGACGACACGACGAAACUGGCCGUCAGCAUCGACCUGGAGGCUGUUGUCAAGGUGGUCAAUGGCGUCAAAUGCGAGGAAAAGGCCGUCAUCCCCAAGUGCCGUGCGGUGCUGGCGGAGCGAGUCAAGUCCAUCCUGUCCUACGACCCACUGGAUCCUGAAGACCCCUCGUACGAUCAGGUGAUUGCUGGAAAUAACACCGAAGAUCAGCAGCCAGAGACUGGCGAGGAACCCUUCGUCCCCACAUACCUCGGACGGCUGUGCCAAGACGCCCACUUGGCCUUCCAGUGCGUACAGGAGGGCUUGCAAGAGUUCCCCAUCGGCCCCAGCGAAGGCUUCUUCGAGAUCCUGAAUGCCUCUUGGACUUUGGCACUAACUCGCUGCAGAGCCACCACCAAACCUCUAAAGUGCUACACCUGCAAAGAAGGAAAGAGCAACGAAGGCUGUAAUGGUGAAGAGCAAGAACUUUGUCCACCCGACCGUCAGAUGUGCUACACUCGAGUUGUUCGGACCCCGGAGUAUCAGAACAUUACCAUCAGCAAGGGCUGCAUCGCUCCUUUAGACUGUCGCCCCGGCAGCGAUGGCACAUCACAAACAUUUUGUUGCGAGGGCGCUGAAUGUAAUCAGCCAGACAACGGCCCUUUGCCAGCCACAUGCAGUUUGUCGCGUGUUUCUGCAUGCCUGGAUGCACUGUCAGGAGCUGUGCUAGAGAGUAACAGCAUCAACUGCAGCCUGGUUGUACAACAAACAGCAUGUUUUGAAUAUGUGCAAAAAGAGUGCAAGUCAAAUGGAGUCACUGAAGUCUCACAGACCCUCUCUGCCUUGCUGAAUUCAUCCACUGUCCAAGAGUGCUUUGUGCAGAUGUCUGACAGUCGAUGUGGUCUGUAUGCUGCUACAGCGCUUAGCUCUUUGCUUGCUACAGCCAGUGAUGAUAUUCAAGAUUCAACACUAUGCCCAAUGUUAGUUGCUGUGGAUCGAGAGCUGAGACUUGCAACUCAUUCUGGAAAAUGUGAUAUGGAGGAAAUCAUUGCCAUAAACAGUUCUUAUGCACUCUUAAAAAGCCAACUGUGGGAUCGUAAAUGUGAGGGUGUAACAGAGAGUACUGGAGCUUGCCAACCACUUGCUGCUUUAGAUUAUCUCAUCCAGAACAUUGAUUUUGCUCUUCCUGAUUGCGGGAUGGAGGCAGCUUGGGAGCCCUUCAAUAACUUGACAGCUGGAUGUCAGCCUGUACAUUUACAGCUAAUAAAGCUGUAUGUCUCCACACUUCCUGCACAGUGUAAUGCAUCCAGUGUCCCAUCACUGCCAGUCGAUCCCUUAUUUCCUGAUGCCUGUCUCACGGACAUAUUCCCCAUGGCUCUGGCAAACAAUUUCUCAGCUGAGGAUAUGGAUCGCAUAAUACCAUGUCUAAUUCAGAACUGGCCUGUGGACUUUUAUAUGAACCUUCCUCCAUCUUACAGAGUUUACUCUGAACAGUCAAUAACCUUCAUUUUUGACUUCUUCGAUGGCAUUCGUAACUUGUUUGAUGGCAUCUUGAUAUCUUCUAAUGUUUCCGAGAGAUGCAAGAGUUCACAAGAAGAAGUAGCCAGACUGCAAGCAGUAGAAGUGCUUCAAAUGAUUUUCUUACCAUUUGCACCAGUCAGUGAAUCAAAUGCCUUCUGCAAAGUAACCAAAUCAUUUGAGGACAAGAUCAGCUUAUUACUGACACAGAAAUGCCAAGAUGAUGAAGUGCAGCUGCAGUCAAAACUCCUCACAUAUCUGCAAACAUAUCGUCUAAGUUUCUGUCCCGAUGAAGAACCAGCCCCUACUUGCUUGAAAUCCUCUGCACAAGAAUGUAUUGUAAGAUUUACAACCUUCAUGGUGACUGCCAAAAUAGACACCGAUGAAGUGUGCAGAGCAGUAAACCGAACUCUUCAGUGUGUAAGGUCAUACACAGCUCUCUGUAGUUCAGAGGAAAUUAAAAAUGUGAGCCGGGACAUGAUGAACAUUGCUGAGCUGUACUACACCUGCACUGGAGUCAAAGAAUUUGUUUGUGAGAACAGCAUCAUCCAGUCUUUCAAUACUUCAUCCAGCAUCACUAGCCUUGAUGGAUGUGGGACAGCAACAGGCACAUACUCCUGCUCGUUUGCGAGGCAAGCAGUGCGCUGUUAUAAGGACACCAUAACUGCCAUACCUGCAGUUUUGCAAAAUGCAGUAAGCCAUUUCAACACCAAAUAUCCUCUCCUACAAGAAUUUGGAAAGGAUUUCUGUGACUUGGACCUUGAAUUUUGGACAAUUGGUGACCAGUGCAUUAAACCAACAUGCAACAUUGACAUAGAUUCAUGCUUGACUGUUGAAAAUUCAACUGGCGAGACUGUGGACACGUCAAGACCAAGACAAUGCCUGAAUGAGCGUUUAGCUGGCUGUGAUGUCGUGUCCCGUUCCGAAGCUGUAUAUAAAAUAUGGCACGACAUCGAGAUCUUCACCAUGCAGUAUGGUCUGAACAUCACCUGGAGCAGCUGGAGCAGGGAUUCAGAUAUUAUGUCUACAAUGCUUAUUAUGAAAUACAUAAGCAAGUUAGAGAUUUCCCUGCGCAAUCCAAAGUGGAAUCUCCUGGAUAUCUGCUGGUAUUUUGAUGAUUUGAAAGGGAUACAGGAUGCUUUGGCUGAUCUUGACAGUUUUCUUCUCAAAUCAGUGCUUGAGCGCCCCAUCCGUGCCCUUGAACGUUCUCUAGCUUCAGGUUGCAAGGAUCAAGAUAUCCUUGGGGUGAUUCUCGAUCUUCCAGCCAAAGAAGAUGAAAGGUGUCCACAAGAACUGCAAGCUGAGUUGAUAUUUGCACUGGUACGGUCAGUUUUUGCUGGUUUUCAGCCAAUGGAUGCACGCGAACAACUUUGCGAGACUUUGGAAAGGCUGAGCUCAGUCAAUGUGACUGCAUGCUCACUGGGGUUCCAAAAACAAGUUGAGCUGCUGAAAAUUUUUAUUGGAAAUUUGGGUGAGAACAUGUGCUCCCCACCAUUUUACUGCAGCCUUGAGAAGGCUCAGCAGUGUGUAUCAGAAAUGGUAGCUGUUGUUCAGGGCAUUGGAACCUCAUCAUCAAAGAAUACAGUGUGCAGUUCCUUGAACACAUUUGACCAGUGUGUAGCACACGUCAGUUUCCAAUGUGAUAACAUCAUAGCAACAAAAAUUGAAUCAUCAGUAGCAAGUGUUAGAGAACUGGCAGUGAGCAUCUGUAGUGAGGAAGACCCAACUCCUUCACCUGAUACUUGCAAGGCAGAGAUAGAAGAUGGGUGCAAACAGGUAGAUGCCCGGAAAUGCAGCAGAAAGCAGAUGUUGGCUCUGAUGUCACCUCUCAUUGACAAUAGAAGACACUGCAGAGCUCUUGCAUACACAGAGGACUGCUAUAAUCGCAUGAGCAAGGCUUGCAAUAAGGGAAAUUCACAGUUCAAUGGAUUUUCAGUACGAUUUCCUCCAGCAGUAAUACAAGGUCUGCAAGAGCAAAGAAAGUGUAAGGAUCCACAGAUCUAUACCCCUGCUCUUGUGGAUUGCACAGUAAACUGCAAUGUUUCCCAGGCAACAAUCUGCAUUACCACUUUGGAAUUGGAACUGAGAAACUUUGAUCCUUUAGGAGCUGAUGAUGCAUGCUCAUUCAUCAGGGUAGCUCGCCAGUGCCUAGACAGUCAAACAUCUAACUGCUCUGAUGACAUCAGCAAACCUCUGUACAGUCGUUUGGAUAGUGUACUGGAGUACUUCUCUGACAUUUCAAGUUCCUGCAAGGACUUUUCCUCAUGCCUCAGUGAUCUAACUACGCUUUCAGCCAAAAUCCUGGCAGCUGGUGGUAACUUGGCAGCUAAUGCCAGCCAAGUGCUAGACAAUGUGGGUGAGGUCAGUCUGGAUUUGCUGUGUGCCCAAGCCAGCACAGUUUGGCAGUGUGUCAGCACCAAGAUAAGUUUGCUGUCUUCAGACCAAUACAGACUGGUGCAGCCUAUCAUUGAUCCUUUGAGGAAGCUGCAUGAUGACCAGUGUGAUGCCACAGUGAAAUUGCGAUGUUAUCAUUGCAAUGGUGCGGUGCUUGAUGGCACAAAUAACAAGAAUGAUAAGUGCAGCAAUGAUAGAGCAUGUGGACAAAAACAGACGAGAUGCUAUGAAUAUUUUGAAGAAAAAGAGAGUAAAGAUGGCGCAACAGAUAUUCUCGUAUAUCGUGGGUGCAUGGAGCCUCAGGAGUGUCAGGAAAGAAAAGGUCAGAAUGGAUUUUAUUGUUGCUCAUCAGAACAUUGCAAUGAUGGAGAGUAUGAAGACAAGGAUCCUGUUCCAGAGCUAGAUUCCUGCUAUGAUAGAGAUGCAGUGAAGUGUGCAUUCAACUACAUUUGGGCUCUUAUUCGCCAAAACACAGUUCCCUGCAGAUCUGCACUGGCGAACCUGCAGUGUGUGGCCACCUACACUCAGGCCUGUGACAAAGACAAGGGAUUGCAUGAAGCAGCCACUCAGCUCAUGCUUACCCUGGCACAGAGCACUUGUAUAUCGGGCCCCUUGUCACCAGAAUGCCACCCGCUUGCAUUGCUUUCCAUGAAUGCCAUUCUGACUAAUGCCUACUCUGCUGACUCAGCAUGCAUAGCAUGGCAACAGGCAAAUCAAAGCCUCACCGUUCUUGAGGCACAUAAAACAUGCACAGCACUGGAUCUUGUGGCCAUUCGAGAGUCCUUGUCAUUUGCUUCUGUCAUCACUUACACAUUCUGCCACCCUGGGGACUGUAUAAUGUCAAAUUCUUCAGUAUCUGCUGAAGCAGGAAACAGUGGACAGGAUGGAGAAGGCACAAACGCUGGCAGUGGUGGUAAACCCACGACAGUUGCCAGCGUAGACUGUGACUACUAUGGUGCCUCAAAAUGUGGACGAGAUGCUUUGUACAGGUUGGAAGGAAUUGACAGCUCCAAUUCUGAGCAAAUCUGCAAUGACGUGAAAGCUAAUGCAACCUGCGCAGUCAAAAUCCUUGAGAACUGUGAGCUAGAGUCUCCUUGCCUUAAAAAACUUCUCUUACAAGUGCAAGAAGUCACAAAGGAAAAGUGUGGUGAAAAGUUUUUUAACCCACCUGCUGAGUCUGACAACAGUAAUCAUACCAGCACAAGUCAAAAUGCCACCUGCAAACCAAGGGUAAUGUGUAAUCUGGAGCGAGCCAUGGAGUGUAUUGACGAAUUUUCCACAAAGGUGAAUGACACUACAGAAUUAUGCAGGAAGUUACAGUUGGCUGUCCAGUGCCGCAAAGAAAAUGUGGCCUCAUGUCGAUCUCUGCAGAGCAUUCUGACAGAGCCAUACUUCAAGGACUAUCGUGCUGUGCUGCAACAAUGUCCAGAUGUGAACCUUAAUCCAAAUCCUCCACAAGACGUCUAUUCAAGGGCUAGUGUUUGUGUGCAGACCAUCCUUCAAGACAUAUAUGAUGGCAUUGGUGCCAAUUAUGAGCCAGAAGAUGUCUUUUGUGGUGCUACAGCUUCUCUCGGUCUCUGUGAUUUCACUGUGCCUGAUUUAAAUAACAACAGCACACUGGGGAAAUUUAGGGACCAUUUCAGUCUCAUUUCAAAAGACCUAUGUACAUUCAGUGACCCCUCCAAAGAGCCUGGCAGCAGAGAAAAGAGAGAGAAUGGAAGCUCAAACUGGGAUCUUGCAUUUGCUUUAGUCACUGUUUUGAGGUCCAACUUCUUUUCCGUCAUUCCUCUGGAACAGCGCCCAGACAUAUGCAAGCGAGUAAACAAAGGACUGAAGUUACUCGAUUCCUACAUAGAAAACAUCACUCAAAUAGCGCUAACCAGAAGCUCUCAGAUAUUUCUUCAACGCAUUCAGUCUGAAGGCUGGAAUCAGUUUUUCACCUAUUGUUCAGAGCUGGACUGGGAGCAAUCUGGCUGCCGACCAGACUAUUUCCAGACAUGUAUGAAGCCCUUCUGGAAGAUAUCUGCCCUUGCUCUCACAGAAAAUGGCACCCUUUGCCGGAGAGCCUCCUAUGCAUUGCAAUGCAUUGCUAAGUUCUCAAAUGGCUGCGACAUGUCAGUAACAAGGGUGGUGGAAACAGCAAGGCUUCAAGUUCAAGGUGUUGUUGGUAACAUCUGUCCAAACCUGACCCUGGGGCUGUUCUGUCCAUCCAAGUAUUCACUGAUAAACAACUUCACAUGCAGCUACAGCAGUGCCCAGACAUGUCUCAGCAGUGUCAACACCAAUGCUAUAGACAGACGAUUUGACAGCUAUUGCUCUAAUCUGGACAAAUCACUAUCAUGUGCUAAGAAUGGUUUGGAAGGCUGCUUGCAGUCACAGGUAGACACUGCUGCUGUAACUUUAAGCAGCAAAAAAAACUUGAACACAGAGCUUUCCUACUGCAAGUCUAGCACCGGACUGGCCAAUUACAGCAGUGUCUGCAUUGCACGAGAACCAUGCUCUGUCAUAGGUGCUGUUGAACACUUUGAAAAUGCUGAAGUCAGUGACUGUAGAUCCUUGGCAAGCAUCAGAACCAGUUUUGAGAGUUCUCUUCAAAACUGCAACAACACGCAAGCAAUGAUUUUUGCCUCCGGUCUGUUUCUUGGGUGCUUCAUGAGAUUUCAGCAGCAGUGUCCAUCACAAUUCCAAAAUCUGCCUAUAAUAACUUCAGAACUUUCCGAAGCCAAAAUCACCUUGGUGAAAAACCUUUUUGAUGCUCUGGUUACUUCACGCAGUAAAAGUGCUGUUUGCAAGGCGUUCUAUGACUAUUUGGAAUCUGUGUCAAACAUAACUGGACGAAUAGGAUCUCCAGUUGCUGCACUAGAAGAUGAACAUGGCUACCUUCGGCAAGUCCUUGAUGAUUUCUGCCCAGGAGACAAAACAGGUGACUCUCUACCGCAACCUGAUGGCUGUCAACUGUAUACAGCUGCUCUCUUUGUGGUAGAGGAACUGAUCUGGCCUCUUAGCAGCUCUGGCAUGCCCACUGCAGAUAACCAAGAGGCUUGCAGACGAUGGAAAGAACAGUAUGUGCGGAUAGCUGUGAACAAAUACAUGGCCAGAUGUGACAGAAGUAUCAAUGAUUUGUUUGGUGACAUCAUUGAGCUUUCCUCCCGUCAUGUUGCUGCCAGUGAGAUGUGCGAGACGACCAGCACCUGCAUCGUCGCUGAGGCGUUUUAUUUCAUCAACCAGUUUUCUGUAGCUGUUACCAGUUACUCAAUUGAUAACAACACUGUCACACUUUGUCUCAAGAAGUCUGAGGCGGAAUCUCAUGUGGGGGCUUUCACAGCAACAUGCAAGGACUCAGAACGUGCCAUUGUUUCUGCAUCACUGGCCCAAGUGAUGGGUUUGGUGACAGGAGUGUGUGAUCAAGUGGUGCUUCCUCCCCAGCCUUUGUGCCCUGAUAUUCCUUUUACUCAACAGACCUGUCAUGUGGUCAAAGCUCUUGUCUGCCUUGUGGAAUCAAAUUUGAAACUGCUAAGCCUGGACACCUUUAUCUAUAGUGACUGGUGCACGGCUACUCAACAAGCAAUGAGUUGCAUAGCAUACAAUACUAGUGGCUGUGAUUCAAACGUAGAAGACAUGAAAGCUGUUUCAAGCUCUCUGGAUAAUCUCCGCAAGCAGGCUGAAAAUCGUUGCCCCUGGCUCACUCCUGACCUCUGUGGUGUCAGUCCACCUUGUCCUGCUGAAUUUGCUGGUUGUGACAUAUACCUUCAGCUGGAUCUUCUCAACAAUCCCCUUGAUGAUGCCUGCAGCAUCUUGGAAACAGCCUACAAAUGCAUGGAUGACAAUACACGUACAUGCACACGAGCCCAACGUGCUGUGGUAGAUGAUAGCCUCAAGCGAAGUAUGAAACUCAUCCCAUCUGUUACAUGCAAUGCAAAUGCAACGGAUCCAACAUCCUGUUUUCUGCAAGCACGGGCAGCAACAUGGCAACUACUGACCCAUCCAAAUGGAACUGCGAACAACUGUCAGAUUCUUGUCAAUGUUGCAGAAUGCUUUAGUAGUAGAAAUGUUACACUGCCAUCAGCUUCACUUCAGGCCGCCCUGUUUCUGGAUGGUGCCAUUCGCAAGAGCCUCAGCAAAUGUCAAGGGACAGAUCCUCACUGUGGACGUCUAACUGCUCUCAUAAUAAACACUGUAUAUGAAUAUAUAUCUGAUAUGGCCACUGCAUCAACAUUUGACCAUGUUUCCUACUGCAGCAAACGGAAUGCAAUAUUGGAAGAUACUGCCGUUAUUCGUCAGUUGUAUAACCAGACUUGUUCAGACUUGUCUGUACUUGAUGAUUUGGAAGAUGCAUUACACAAUGGACCUGCAGGAAGUCUCUGUGAUGUGGAUACCAAAACUGAGUGUGAGGAGAUCAUUCAAAAUGCCCAGAAGUGUCUGGAUAAAUUUAAUGACAUUGAUAAUUGCAGUGCAGCAACAGAACUUGCAGUGUGCAUGGCACCACUUGGUUUAUGCUCUGAAAAUGAACAACUUAUUAGUCAGUACGAGGAAAAAGUUUCUCAAAUGGAUGUCUGUGCCCGUUUGCCUCUCGUGCUGUUGCGAGCUUCUCCAAAGAGAGAGAUAUACCUGUCUGAACAAGGUGGCUCCGCCUCAAUCUCAUUCCAAGUAGUAGAGAACUAUACAUCAUACCUAUCCUCUGACACCAACUCCCUGAGGAUGAGGUUGCGAACAGAGAUUGUCAACAUUGACCCAUUAAGGUGUAUGACCAAUGAUGAGGCAGAAAUCCCACAGGUUGUUGUGAAAGGAACAAGCAACUGUGGCAUACUGAUCACUGCUGCAGACUGGAUAAAUCAAUCAGUUGGAAGUAUUGAGCUGAUGGCAGUUUUAGAUGGGAGAGAAGAUGGUGUGAGGCGAGCUAAACUCACACUGUAUGCUGAAGUCGAGGAGAUUGACCCACGCACAUCCAGCUGGAACAGUUUUACUGAAUCUAUUAAGCUGGCACAAUACACGGUGGCUGUUGAUAACAAGGAUUCUGAAACAGCUGUGUGCACCUCCGUUGGCUACAACUUCUUCCAGACGUUUGAUGGAUCAGGUUACUCCUGCUUCGAAACCGGCACAUUUAUGAUGUAUAGAAACAAAAUUCAUCAUACAUUUGUGAGCAUAACAGUGAAGAAAAGUACCAUUACAGCUGUCUACACAUGUGCUGUUAAGGUUGGCAAUGCCAAUGUAUCUAUAGAGUUCAACCGUUGCUUAUCUGGGGCCACAAGAAGCCGUCCACAAGAUAUAUCAGUGACCAUGACUAAAUCAGGAGACUAUGAUCAGAUCUCUGUGUACCGCACUCCUGAUUUUGGAUAUGUUAUUGUGUUUUCAAUAGGUACUAUUGUGCAAAUUAAGCAAACUUCUUCUUUUGGUCUGACGGUCUAUAUUGUUGCAUCAACUUUAGACUUUGGCAAAACAGAAGGCCUAUGUGGUGGAUAUGAUAAAAACGCAUACAAUGAUUUUGUUCAACCGAAUGGACAGCGCUACACAACACAAGCUAAUGACAUGCAGUAUGGAGUUUUGUCACCAUCUGGCUUCAUCACAGCCUGGAGUAUUGACCCCAAUGAAGUCCCACAAACGGCAUCAGGCUUUGUCAGUGAUCUGGCACCUACCUGCAGCUGUCUGGCUUCAAACACAGAUGCAUCACAGUGCUCCCAUAUCACACGUGUAGCAACAUGUGAUUAUGUGCAAGGAGUUGACAUAACAAGUGCUCUGGCAGCAGCCAGUGAGCAGUCAAAGUCAGCACCUGGUGGAAGGCGCCGAAGAGCUGUGGAAGACACUUCCACUGCAGAGUCACCAGUGAUUGUUCCUGGAUGGCCCACUCCAAGUAACUGGACACAAGCUAUGGCUAAAGAACGCUGUGAAAAAGUUCUGCUUGAAGCCAGCAACCUACGUUACUGUGACAAGGCAGUACUGGCAGCCAAUGGGAGCUAUUCAUACGCUGACAUAUUCACUGUGUGCAUGGAGGAGAUCAGAGUGUCUGAUACAGCGGCUAAUCUGACAUCAAUUACUAAGCAUGCAGAGUAUGUGUGCUUCAUGAUGUUUAUACGCAAUAUCACCUACUUCGGCUUGAACUCUGUUCGUGACACAGUCUUGGAGUUUCUGGACACCACAUGCAUGCCUGCUGAUUGUAGUGGCAAUGGACAGUGCCGCCAAGGUGUUUGUGAGUGCAAGCCUGGCUAUGUGGGUGGAGACUGUGCCUAUCAGCGUGCAAAACUACCUGUGCCCACAAACCACUCUCUUGUGUAUGGGAACCUCUGCUAUAUCACAGACUCCAAUCGCUGUGAAGAUAUCUUCGUCUCUGCCAGUCAGUUGGUGGAAUCGCCAUUCCUGGCCUGCCACAUUAAAAAAGUAGAGGUGGAUCACUCUGGUGCAUAUCAGAGCAUUGGCCCAGUGUCGGUGACAAAGGCCCAGCUUAUGACAGCAUCAGUUGUGCAGUGCUCUUGGCCACGCACAAGUGCUCAGGAGACAGUGGCAGUUGCUAUUAGCAAUGAUGGUCAGAAUCCAACAUCAGCAAUGCUGAUUAGUGCAUAUGAUCCACGUUGUUACACAUGCAGUUCCAGCACCAACUACUGUCAGAAAUGGGCACAGAAUGCUUGCCAGAUCCAAGGACGUUGCUAUCUUAAUGGAGAGGGGGCUUCAUCAGACAAUUGUCUCUACUGCAACCCUGCACGAUCAGCUACAGAGUGGACCUACAAAGACACUCCAGACUGUGAGGUACGCUGGAAUGAAGCGAAAGAAAAGGAUCUGCUCUCUACAGUUCACAUCCUUAUCAUCAUUGCUUGUAUAACAGCAUUUGCUGUUAUCGUCACUACUGUUGUUGGAAUUGUUUGCAAGAGGCGUCUGCGUCGCAAAGCCAACCAGCAAAGUGACUUGCCACCCCCAUAUCUUGGUUUAUCAGAUGACAGCUCAUCUUUGUCAGAAACUUCAUUUGCACCGCAAAAGGCAUUCAACACUGGUAAACCCCACACUCGAGCUGUGACGCAAGCUACGCCUAGCAUUCCACAUCAGGAUUAAGACAGCAGUCACUGCUUUGUUUGUUUUUUUCCUGCAGUGUUGAUGGCAUCAAGAUUACAGAGAAAGGCUGUUGUUUGCCAUUACCGAACUGGAUACGUGCCGAGAUUCAUAAGACAAAUUCUUAAUGUUCUAAGAAGAUGUAGUUUAAAUGUAGUUUCCCAUUUUUUCUAAAUGGUACAGUUUUAUUUUCUGAACACCAAUUUAGGAUAGCUUUGUCAUAAAUAGAACUUUGUGUGAUUGAAAUUCACUAUUUUGGACAUCUUCUUUUAUUGACAGAUAGAGUUAAUUAUCAGUUUACAUAAUUUUUCAUUUCCUUUUCAAAAAACUACCUGUAUUUUUUUAAAACUUGACAAUGCUCACACAUUCAUCCAUUCUAUAUAUCUAGCUUUUCAAAGCUCUCUCAAUAUAAUCAACAUUUUCAGUGAAAUAUCCUAAUAAUAUGCAACCACAGGGCAUUGGAAAUGAUUUUAUGAAUAUUCAGCUAAAAUAUUUUUAAAGUAUCACCUAUAUUGUGAAUGUAUAUUUGCAAAUACUAAUUUACCAGGCCCUUAAAAUGCAUCAAAAGUAAUGAGGUAUUACUAUAUAUGUAUAAAUACACACACAUGCACAUAUUAUACUAUAUAUUUAAAACAAGCAAAAUAGUUUGUGAUGACAUCUCUCAACUUUGUUUUGAGAAAAUAUUCUGUACCUGUGACCGAUAUUUUAAUGCCACAUCUUUGGUGUUAUCCGAAAAGUAUAUUCAUUCCAUUUUUUUUAUCUUUAAAAAGGGAAAUACUUGUAUUAAGAAUAUAAAAUUUGCUACACAUAAUAUCAAAGAAACUGUAGGGUUUAUGUUUUAACAUUUUUUAUGAAAAUGAACUACAUUCAUGGUAAUUCACACAAGCAUCAAGAAUAAGUAGUGUCCGUCAGACAUUUAUAGUCUGAAGUACAAUUCAGUUACAUUAUUCAUGGUAAGUUAUGCAACUGUACUAUUUUAACAUUCUCAUUGUUAGUAUAUUUCUCAUCAACAUUCUCCAGUACCUUUUGCCACAUUCUGUAUCAAAGGUAGUUGUAAUCAUCAUGCAUUGUAGAACUGUCUACCAAAGCAAAAUUAAAUAUCCUUUCUCUGACUGCAGAAUUCUUUAUUCUUUUUGGUUGUCAUUAGCAUUAACCAUUGCCUGAAAAUUUUUUAUUACUUAAACUUAUAAACAUACAAUGUAUAUACAAAUGGUUUAGCAGCUAGCCACAUUCAUGAAUGCAAAGUAAUGAACUCGUUUAAUAACAGAAAAAAAAAAAUUUAAUGGCAGCACAGAUUUGUAUGCAACAGCAGCAAAAAUAUUGUAUAAAAAUUACCACAGUUCAUUUACAUUUAUUUAUCACUAUUUUUAAUGUUUUGUUCUGAGGCUUGGAACCUUGUUUUAAUGACAGAUUUUGCUAUGUCUGGCUGAAAUGUCUCUUCAGUUCUGAGAUGAGAGGUGUUGAUCAGUCAGUCUUAUUCUCUGAAAAGUGUUUGCUAAUUUCACAAAGGAAAACAACUGUUCAUACAUAGGUAAAACCAAAGAUUGCCAUAAUCCUUGUGGCAAACUUCCUGUAGUUAUUAAACUUUUCAGUAAUAUAUAAAAA